AUGGCUGUUCACAAGCCACCAGCGACUUGUGAACCUCUAGAUAUUACGCUACAAACCAUCUGUGGGUACUCCGACAGUAGAGCAUACAGUCCAUCCAAGCUCGUGAACAUCCUCCAUGCCAAAGAACUGGCAAUGAGAUUCAAGGACGCUGCAAUGACGUGCUACACGGCUUUACAUCCAAGCCUCAAGGACGUCACCGGGCAAUACUUCGUGGAUUCCAACAAAUCCAGCUGUAGCGCUUAUGGCAGAGAUCCCGAGCUCGCUCACAAGCUAUGGACCUUCUCCCAGGAGCUUAUAGACAAGCGGGUUUUCAAGUUCUUCUCCAGCUUCCUUUGGAAAAAUGUGCCACAGGACGCUGCUACGACGUGCUACACGGCUUUACAUCCAAGCCUCAAGGACGUCACCGGGCAAUACUUCGUGGAUUCCAACAAAUCCAGCUGUAGCGCUUAUGGCAGAGAUCCCGAGCUCGCUCACAAGCUAUGGACCUUCUCCCAGGAGCUUAUAGACAAGCGUUCUCCAUCCUAA